CGACUCAACAGAACCACACGACUACUGCUCCCAAUCCAGGAGACGAAUUCCACCUUGUCUUCACCAAAUUCCACGGCCCUGAUACCUCCAUCCAUGUCGCUCUAUGAUUCCACGCUAGCAUCUAUAUUCGCACCCUCGCCGACAGUCCUAAUAACUACUGUCCUGGCUAUCUUCCUCGUACCUAUCUUCAUUCACUUCAUUUUGUUCCGUUCUCGUUCCGCUGCUAGCCUUCCAACAUUCUUGCUUGUUGGGCCUACAGCAAGCGGGAAGACUUCGCUUAUGACAUCAGUGAGUGCCUAUUCCGCAACUAUGAUUUGUGAACGGUUCGUUGCUAAAUCUCCCAAAGUUUGAACCUGCCACUGGUCAACCUCCCGCUGAAACACGCACAAGUCAAGCACCACUUUCUAUCGAAUGUUCCGUUCCCGCCUCCAUCGCUAGCACAUCGAAGUACAGAUCCGUCAAUGAUCCUUCUCUCAAGGCGCACAAAAGAUUCCUUCUUUUCGACACACCUGGGCAUGGCAAGCUACGUCAUAUAGCUCUCGCUUCGGCUUCCUCCCCAGAAAUUCGUGGAGUUAUUUUCGUCCUUGACUCCUCUCUUACCGAUGUCCGGGAAGUGGCUGAAUAUCUCUAUGAUGUUCUAUUGACACUACAGAAUUCUACCACUUCGUCAACAACUACACAGCCUAAAAAAUUACUAGUCGCUUGUAACAAAAGCGAUGCCUUCACCGCGCUACCCCCAUCUAAAAUUCAGAAACUCCUAGAAGAUGAAAUCACAAAGAUGAGAGUUUCAAGAUCCAGAGGAAUCCUGGACGUUGAGGACGACGGUGAGGGCAAUGAUGAGAAGGAGUGGUUAGGAGAAGGUGGUGAAGGUCCAUUUACCUUUCAAAGUAUGGAAGAAGUUGGUGUGGAGAUUGAGUUCAAGGGCGGCAGUGUGGAGAAUGGAGAAUGGAGGGACCGUCUGAGUCCCUGGAUUGGUAGCUGUUUAUAAUCUUCCCUCUCGGGAUCAUGAGAUCAUGGAAGGAGUUAAUGGCUUGGGUUUCUCCGCGGCUUUUCUCUUUUUUCUCACCCCGGCAUGAAUUCAAUUGCCGUAGCACCAGCUUUUUGCACUGUAUGAUACCAUUAGAUUGAAUUAUUCUUUUAGUGUUUGGCUUCUAACGUGUAUCACGGCGGUACUUGAAGCUCGGCUGAUACUUUAGUGCUAUUGCUCCCUAAGGUAAUCGUAUAUGCUUGUAUGAUAAUUCAGAUACCUAUCUUACCUACCGGUAACUACGCAUUGGCCGAGGGUUCCUGGAGCAGGAAUCUACCGUCUCAUCUCUGGUUUACUCCUAUGAAGGCGGCACUUAGGGAGACAAGGUCAUAAUUAGUUACCUGCGUAAUGAGUGGUGGGUGGCAAUUCGUGAUUAACUAUGUCCUUGAUUUCUCCACAGGAACUAUCACAUUCAAUCAUGCUUGCAAUACUAGUACCCUCUUACUGAAACAUAACCUAUCAUCCUCCAGAAUCUAUAAACAUUAAGUAACUUACUCACUCCAUUACCGUAUAUAGAACGAAUUGCACCCGUGAUAU